UACUUGCCUGAUUAUUAAUUUAAAUGUGUGAUCUUCUCUUGGAUAACUUGUGUGAGAGAGGGCACGAGUACGUUGAUACUUUCACUGGCUGCGCUUGUGGCUAUAGAUUCCAUCGGUGGCAGUUUUUUUCUAGGUUUAAUGUUUUAGCCUUAAGUCGGUCACGAUGCUGCUAAUGCGUGGGUACACCCUAUUGCCAGUGUAACAUGUGCCAGAGUGCCACCCUGCCCUCAUUGGUCCAGUCUACAGCAGGCAGGGCCCAGCACUCCAUGGAAAUGAAGCCCCUCCUCCCAUUUAGCUUGUUCCCUGUCUUUACAGAGAUGGACCACCUCCACAAAGCUCUGAUUGGCCCAGGGUUUCAAGUGGCCACGCCCCUGAGGAAGGCGCCUAGCUCCUGUAGCGUAUGUCGACUGAAGUUUAACUCAGAGAGCCAGGCCUCAUCCCAUUACAGCGGAACCAAACAUGCCAAAAAGCUCAAAAUUACAGAUGCUCCUGACUGCAAGUCUAAAAGCAACGACGCAGUCUCCAAGGAAACCCCACUUCAGCCUCUCGACACAGACACAGGUUACACAGCUGUGUGUGAAUAUGGCGCAGCCGGAAUUGAGCUGGCACCACCCUGUGCCACAGAGGCGGCACUGCCGAGUUGCCUGCCACCCGGAACCACCGAAGUCUCCGCUGAGCCAGUCUCUUUAGACAAGGAGAUGGACAAGGAGGCAGAAGGGGAAGUGGAUGAGGAGACGGAGGAAGAGAAAGCAAUGCGACUUCUGUAUUGUUCCCUCUGCAAAGUCGCUGUGAACUCUGCUUCUCAGCUUCAGGCUCACAACAGCGGUACAAAGCACAAGACCAUGCUGGCGGCCAGGAGUGGGGACGGAUCCAUCAAGUCCUUCCCCAGGUCAGGGGUCAAAGCCAAGAUGGCCACUCCUACCGAGGCGCUAACGGGCCUCCAGAACAAAACAUUCCACUGUGAGAUCUGUGACGUGCACGUCAACUCUGAAACGCAGCUCAAACAGCAUAUUAGCAGUAGGAGGCAUAAAGACAGAGCUGCAGGUAAACCAGCCAAGCCUAAAUUCAGCCCCUACAGUCCCACCCAGCGCAGCCAGACUGUACAGGCUGUGCGUCUAGCUCUGAGGAAGGAACAGGAUCUGGGCAAGCCUCUGGCCUCCUGUCUUUUACAACAGCAUCUUUCUCUUGCUACCGCUGCUGCCAUGGCAACUCUAUCACCCUUCCAUCUGCGCCCCGCCUCUACUCCUAACCCCGCCCUCUUCCAGGCCCAGACCCUGCCCCAGGCUCUGCUUCACCCUCCCCCUGGCCCGAUCCGGUCAGCCCGCACACCUGUGCUCUUCUCCCCGUACUGACGCACAGCUGAACCACAGCUGAACCACAGUGGACUACUGAUAUAAAUACAGAACAGACAAACAUGAGAAACACACUUUUAUCUUUUGGAUCUUUUGGAGGUUUCUUCUGGUUUGGUUCCAUGCGCUGCCUUUUUUUUCUAUGUGCUCAGGUUCGAGUGUGUGUGAAUGUAUGUAUGUGUGUCUGUGUGUGUGUGUGUGUGUUCUUGUGCGUUCCUGCGUGUUUAUGUUUACAUUUGAACAUCUGUUGAUUUUCAAUAAAAUAUAUGUGGAUGUUGACGAUUCAAUCAUUGAGGAGGAUUUUGGCAAACAGAUUGACAAAUUUCAUUCAGAUUUAAAACUCAGCAGAGACUAAAGCAGACACAUGUCCACACGUACACAAAAGUACACACGUACACACACACACACAGUCAGCCAAAGGUAGACAUGGAACCCAGACGCUGAGAUAGAGACAGAGAUUGGAGCACGUCCUCCCAACACAUAACUCUCUGAGUUGAGAGACUGACCUCAGGACAUCUAAAGCACACUGCUACUGAACUGGAGCUU